CUUACACGCUCCGCGACGCGGCGCAAACAACCACAGCGGUAUCGCGCUCACCUGGCCGCCGGGCGGACGACCGCCAGCAGCGCUGCUUCGUGCUCGAUCGCCGCGCGCGAGAACGUGAGGCUCCCAUCGAGCGCCCCCACAGCUUGCUUGCUGUUCCCUUUUAUGCUCGGACGACGUCUGCGUGGCUGGAGGUGCGGGUGGUGAUCGGACGUUCUAGGCCCACACCACGACAUCUCUGCCGAGCUGCUGGUCUUUUGGCAGCUACGAGGCUUCAUUAUUUGGCGAGACAUAUCGCACGCGCAACACGCUGCAAGCACACCUAUUCUUCUGCGACGGAUCCGCCUGCUCUGCCGCGCACUCGCCAAACUGGGACAACGCAACGUCAUCGCGGCUGAGAGGCAUGGUGCCUAGGAAGCCCCAAGCUGACCUACGGACGAUUGCAGCGCACUGGAUGGACUCGAACUCGGCCUCCGAACGUUGACAGUCAUAUUGUAUGACCACGAACGGUAUUCCUAGCCUACUGCUUACGAAGAUACCAUUUCUUCUGAUUUGAGCCCGGUUGCCCACACGACCGCGAGUGCCUCGACGCGGCACACAUCCUGGGAUUGAGUUCGCUGCCCAUUCGAAAGUCAGUCGCGUAUCAUUUGUCACUGCACAGCACCGGACGUGACAGCACGAGAAAUCCAAGGCCAUCGGGAAGCACCGGUCUCAAUUCAUCCUGCAUUCACUCACAUCCGUGAAGUCUGCAGCAGUAUAGAUCUGCGAGCCUCACCUACGGCAGAGUGGGCCAUCUCCGGCACCAACCCUGGCCGCUCUCUUCCAUUCUCCACGCGGAACACAAUGUCCGACAAGUCGUCAUCUAAUGCGGCCGCCGGGAGACCUUAUAUUGUGAAAGCUGGACCCGACUUGCCUGAGCAACUGAGCUCGCACAAUGAUGCUGGCGAAAAGCACAGCAACAGCACCAGUGAUGCCUUGAAGGCCACUGCUGCUGCCGCGAUGCAGGAGAGCGACCGGGCGUCGCAACCUCAGCAAGAAAUGAAAAGUCUCGUGGAGCGGACUAGAAUCGAUUCAGCACAGAACAGUGCCGAUAGCGUACCCCAAUUGCCAUCGCAAAAGUCCCAGGAUAGCGAUGUGCUCGUUCCUCUCGAGCUCAGGACCUCUCCUGCACUGGACCAAGUGCCAAAUCGAGCUUCUCGAGAUUCAAUUGCCAACUCUCCCACAUUGCGCAAACAUGCCAUACCAGUCGAGGAGGGCACUGCGAACACUCUGCCUAUUGUGCAGCCUUCGUCUCCCAGCAGGGAAACUACUGCAGCAUCGCCGACCGGUCAGAGCUUGCCUUCCUUCCGGCAGUUGACCGGACAGCUAGGCCAACUGACAGAGCUGGCCGAAGCAGCAACCCAACAAGACUCUCGGGUAGCACAAGCCGCUCAUCAUCACAGUCAAUCUUUCAGCUCCGCCACAUCAAAGUCUCCCAUGAUGCCCUUUUUCCCGCCGUACGCAAACAGUGCACAGACAUCGCCAACCGCAUUUUAUCCUCCCGGGCCACGGUCCCCGACAAGUGGUGCCGGUGAAAGCCAUCAUUACGGAUCGCCAAAGCAAUAUGCCGUAUCAGCUUAUUACACAGAUCGAAGGCGAUCGUCAGUAGCCACUGAGGCAAACCCCAACUUCCCACCGCCGAUACCUUCAUUACCAACAAUACCAACCAAUUCCUCUUCAGGCGAAAGUCAUGGGCAGACUAGUUCAAGCACGGACGGAUACAGCACCGCGCAGACGACGCCAACCGAAGGACCUAUACCGACAGAAGGAGUUCAGAGACCGAUUUUGCCGCCACCUCCGGGAAUGACCAUUGUCCCGAUAGGUGGCUUCAAGUGCGAUUAUCCUGGAUGUACGGCGAUGCCCUUCCAGACACAAUAUCUUCUCAGCUCGCACAGAAAUGUGCACUCGCAGAAUCGACCGCACUACUGCCCCGUGAAAGACUGCCCACGCAGUGAGGGUGGCAAAGGCUUCAAACGCAAAAAUGAAAUGAUUCGGCAUGGACUUGUGCAUAACAGUCCUGGCUACAUUUGCCCUUUCUGUCCCGACCGCGAGCACAGAUAUCCCAGGCCUGACAACUUACAAAGACAUGUCCGUGUCCAUCACGUUGACAGGGAUCGCGAUGAUCCGGCGCUUCGGGAGGUGCUUGCGCAGCGGCAAGAGGGGGUUGGCAAGCAACGAAGAAGACGAACACAGUCUUCGGUGCCUGAGCCAUCGUAGUGCGAUAUACCACGACCUACUGUAAAUGUAAUGCUUAUACUGAAAGCGGAGGUGCUAUAAGGCAACCUCAGGUAGCGCGGCGUUCUGGAACGGCGUCCAUGAGCGUUUUGGGACGAUGGAGCAUACGAGUGCUCGGCGAUGUCUUGUAAGAAAUGAGGAGAGAGCGACACGAUCGCGUCUUGAUCACUUGGUUGUGUCCUAAUCCCAAUGGGAAGGAAUUCAGCAAUCACCCAUGCCGCUGCAUGCCAUGGACGAGAUUAAAAUGUUAAAAUCGAGUAUGCACGCG